AUGACUGAUAUUCAAUCGGCAACCGGGGCUCAACAGCUUCUCGCCCUUCGAGUAAUGCGUCUUGCUCGACCGAAAUUCGCACAAGUCAAGGGAUUUAAUUCAGAUCCUGUGGAUCCAACAGGAUUCAGUCAGAUGUUAAAUUCAAAAAUUUGCGAAUCUUCCGGGGAAACUCGACAUGAUUUACCAAUUGGAGAAUAUUUGAUAGCUCCACAAAUGUUCGAGUGAGUAUACAAUAUUUAUCGGUUUUUUGGUUAUUGAUUGUUUUCGGAACAGAAUUGAGAAUUUAUCAGCUUUACAGUUUUAAAAUUAUGAAAUGAUUUCAAGAAAAAUGUUUUUUUGCGUGACACAUGACUGCUUUGGAAAUAAAUUUAAGUAGUAUUUCAUUUCUCGAAAAAAAGGAUCAAAUAAUGUCUGAAUGCUGAAAAUUUUAUUUGAAGUCUGUACGCCAAAAUCAAAAAGUUUUCUUUUUUGAGAAUUAUCAUAGGUGGGUUCGAAAAUCCACAAAGUUCGAGAGAAAGUGAAAGAUUAAAAUAGAGAAAAUUAACACGAAAAGUUUUAGUAAAUACUAGAAAUUCAGAAAAAUUCUUAUGAUUGAUAAAAAACUUUAGUAAUUUGUUGAUCAAAGUAAAUUUAACUUUUUCAGAAACAUAUAUCUCGGAGAAACCUUCACAUUUUAUGUCAACGUUGUGAACGAUAGCAAAAUUGGAGUGGUCAAUGUAAAUCUCAAAGUAUGUUUCUCAAAUAUUUUUUUUCAUUUAUAAAUAUAUUUUUCAAAACUUUUACAGUGUGAACUACAAACAUCAACUCAACGAGUUCCAUUAACUUGUUCUGUUCAAGAUGCUAAAAUUGAUGCUGGAAGUUGUGAAGGACAAGUAAUCAGUCAUGAAAUAAAGGAAAUCGGGCAACAUAUGUGAGUUUGAUUUGAUUUCAAAAUUUAGCUUCAGAAAAUCUGAAGAAUAGUUUUAUUUCAUUCUUAUGUUAGUAUUAAACUAUUAAAAUUUAAAUAGGGCGUUUUUAUUCCGAAACCAAUAAAAUCUGUAUUGAAAUUCAGUUUCCCUGUUUCCAUGAAUUAUAUUUUCCCAAUUCGUAUCUCCAAAUUUUAGCCAAACACAUUCAAUGCCCUCGCUCUAUGUAUUUUUAGUCAUCUCUUUUUAUUUAUCCUCUUCUAGGCUUUGUUGUCAUGGUUUUCUAAUUUCAGUUUGAUAUGCGCUGUCAAUUACACAACUCAAAACGGAGAAAACAUGUAUUUUCGAAAGUUUUUUCAAGUUUCCUGUCACCAAACCGAUUGAUGUUAAAACAAAGUUUUAUAGUGCAGAGGUCAGUCUUUUUAUUUUAAUUGAAUUUAACUAAUAAUUUAUUUUUUGCAUGAUGUGUUUUGCGUGUUUGAUCUGAUGGAAAUUUGUUUGUAGGAUAAUGCAGUGAGUGAAUUUUAUUGUUUUUGAGAAAAAACUAAUUUUUGUUGAAUUUAGAAUCAAGAUGUAUAUCUGGAAGCGCAAAUCGAGAAUACAUCGAAUGCAGAUAUGUUUAUGGAAAAAGUCGAAUUGGAACCAAGUCAACAUUAUAAAGUGUCAAAUAUUAUGAACAAGUUAGUUUCAAAUCAUUUUACUUACAUUGUUAGGCUUUAAUAUUUUUCGAAUUUAUUUCAGAGAUGAAUUUGACAAUUGUGGAAGCUUGCUGAAACCGAAAGAUGUUCGACAAUUUCUGUUUUGUCUCAGUCCAAUUGAUGUGCAUAAUACACUAGGGUUGGUAUUUUCAAAUUUUCAAUCAUAAAUCAAAUCAAUUAAAAUUUUAGACACAAAGAUCUAACAAGUAUUGGAAAAUUGGAUAUGUCAUGGAGAACUAGUAUGGGAGAACGAGGAAGAUUACAAACAAGUGCGCUGCAAAGAAUUGUAUGUUGGUUUUUUGCUGUUUUGUUGCAAAAAUGGUGCUUCUUGAGAAAAAAGUUAAAAUCAAAUGAUUUCAGGCUCCUGGAUAUGGUGAUAUUCGAUUAUCUGUUGAGAAAACACCAUCUUGUGUUUCAGCCAAAACUCCUUUCCAACUGAAUUGUCGACUUUAUAAUUGCUCGUGAGUUUUUAUUAUUAUUUUGAAGAAAAGUGCAAAAAAAAGCCGUUUUUCAGAGAACGCGCCCUUGAUCUGAAACUAAAUCUGGAACAACCGCAAAACAAUCAAUUGAUAUUUUGUUCGCCGUCUGGAGUUAGUUUAGGACAACUUCCACCAUCUCAACAUGUCGAUUUUAAUCUGAAUAUUUUCCCGGUUUCUGUUGGAAUACAAAGUAUAUCAGGAAUUCGAAUCACUGAUACAUUAUCAAUGAGAAAUUAUGAUCAUGAUGAUAUUGCACAGGUUUUUGUUUCCUGA